AGCCGACGCCCACUGCUGGCCUGCACAGUUCAGGACGGUGGCCCAGCGAGAUAUCUCGAUCUGCUGCCUGGCAGAUAAGUCUUGGAGAAAUACCUCAUUUGCCAGAAGAUCAGCAGGUCUCAAUGACAGUUCUGAUGCUGCUGAGCGCCGUGCUCGUGGCCGUGGUCGUGGCCGCGGAUGAGCCAGCCAGCACUGCCGCCCCUGCUGCAGAGGGCAACACGAGCAAUAUGCUCCUCGGCAAGUCUGUAGUGUCCAGUCUCCUCGUCGCAACGGGCUUCAGCGAGGCGUGUGUGGCCGAAGCCCUGGACACCUGUGCACCCGCCUCAGUGCAGCCCCCAACGCCGCCGAACCCGCUGGUGCAGGAGGCGAGAGAGUUGUUGCAGGAGGUGCGUCAAGUCGUGAGUCACUACGACAACCGACCGCGUCACUGCAAGGACCUGCUGGACGGCGGGGACAGCGGCAAGGGCCUUCGCCACGUGUACCCCUUCCCUGGACAGCCCCAGCGCCGCGUGGCAGUGUACUGCGACCAAACGAUAGACGAAGGGGGCUGGACGGUGUUCCAGAGACGCACCAACGACACCGUCCGCGAAGACUUCAACCGCACGUGGGUUGAAUACCAGCUGGGUUUCGGUCAUCUCGAGGGCGAGUUCUGGCUGGGCCUUGACCUGCUGCACGAACUGACAUCGGCGGCUCUUCAGGAACUUCGCAUCGACAUGGCGGAUUGGGACGACGUAAAACGGUUCGCAAAGUACGACUUCUUCUACAUCGGCCCUCCAAGCACCAAGUACCGCCUCAGUGUUGAAAGGUACAGCGGUGACGCAGGGGACUCUUUUAGCGGUCAUUCUGGCUCAUGCUUUACCACUCAUGAUGCUGAUAACGACUCAUGGCCAAAUAACUGUGCUAAGCACUUUGGUGGUGCGUGGUGGUACAAUGCGUGUGCUAGCUGCAACCUGAACAACUUCCAGCACGUGGGGAAACACGCGGCUUAUGACACCGGCAUCAAUUGGGAUACAUGGCGAGGGAACGAGUACUCCUUGCGGCAGACCGCUAUGAUGAUCCGACCAGCCUUCUGAACAUUCAUCAUGAUUCUGGUUUCAAAGGUUGACUGGGACACCAAUUUUGUUGGACAAUCUUCAAGUGCGGUAUUUUGUGAUUUUACACACACCUGUAUAUAAUAAGUUAAAAACAAGUAAUAAAAAACACAUAAAUGAGGCAUUCAAAUCGGUACAGUCGCAACAACUGGUUUUCUAGACCCUUAUGAUAUCUAGUUUUCAUUCACUUUUCCUGUGAAUAUAUUUCUGCUUUUACCAAACACUGCAAGACGAAACAUUGUCAUUUUAACAGUAUUUGGACAGCUUGCAACAAGUUACAUGACUUACGUUUAUAUAUGACUUACAAAUAAAGCUAUAAUUAGCUUCAGCGUUACAGGUAACAAAGUAGUAGACGGCGAACUAAGAAUGUAAUAAUAACAAGUUAAAAACAAUUACAAACAAACACCAAAACGAGGCAUUCCAAUCUGUCCGGCGUCUGAACAAACUGAGAGGCACAUAACAUUCUCUAAGUUGAUGAGGAGGAAAACUGUGGCUGUAACCAAUUUUCUCCUAAUAAAACAAAUGAACAGAUACUGAAAAA